AUGUCUCUCCAACGCGUUGACUCUGUAGAUCCUGCCGAGGUCUACGACUACAUCAUCUGCGGCGGCGGAACGUCUGGCUGUGUGAUUGCAGGUCGCCUCGCUGAAGACCUCAAUGCCAAGAUCCUCGUCCUCGAGGCUGGACCCGAUAAUGCGGACCUGGAAAAUGUGCACAUGGCGGGAGGGUGGAGCAAGAACUUUGAUAGCGAUACGGAUUGGAACAUCGUCACCGAGCCUAUGGACAGUGUCGACAGCAGACAGGUCAAAGUCAGCCGCGGUCGCUUCCUUGGAGGAUCGAGCGGUGUCAACGGAACACUAUGCAUCCGCGGCACGAAGCAGGAUUACGACGAUUGGGGAAUGGAGGAGUGGACUGGAGACAAGAUGUUCGCAUACAUGGCAAAGGCGGAGACUAUGCACGAGAAAGAUUGGCACAAAGCCGACAUGUCAGUCCACGGCACCUCGGGCCCUCUUCAUAUCGAACCGCACGACCUCGCACCCAUUUCAGAGCGCAUCAAGGAAAGUAUGAUUGAUUUCGGCCUUCCUUACCACCCUGAUAUGUUCUCGACCGGCGAGACACCUCAUGGGUGUGGCGACGUGCCACGCACGGUGCAUCAAGGUGUUCGCACCACAGCUGCCGACUUCAUCACCAAAGGCUACAAGCGGGAAAACAUCACCAUCAAGACCGAAGUCGUUGUUGACAGGAUCGUCUUCUCCGAGACGGAUGGCGAACUCACCGCAACAGGCGUUGCCACCAUUUCGACGACAGGUAAAAAGAUCGAGUAUCAAGCCAAGAAAGAAGUCAUCGUUACAGCUGGUGCGUACUGCAGUCCAACGGUCCUGAUGCGAUCAGGUCUUGGGCCGAAGGAACAGCUCAAGAAACACGGGAUAGAGUGCAGAGUCGACCUACCCGGUGUAGGUCAGAAUCUGCAGGACCAUUGCCUCGUCUUUGUGUUCUACGAAGUUUCCGAGCCCAACCUCACAAACGACUACCUUGCCUACCACGACAAUGCCAUUGCAUCCACCUACGAACUCUACAAAGAAAAGAAGACUGGGAUGCUUAGCACCUUUCCUUUCGGUAGGCCAACACCUACAUCCAUCUGUCUCUUAUUCAUCCUAACAUGUACGAGGCAUUUUCGGCUACGCGCGUCUCGACGACCGCCUGCAAGACUCGGAGUUGUGGCGCAGCGCAGCACGAGAAGAAGGCCGGGACCCGAUGGGCCUUACGCCGCAGCAGCCCAACAUGGAGUUUUGGAACACGGAGCUGUACGGCGGGCCCAAGCAGUACGUCGACUUCCCCGUCGACCACAAGCACACCUUCGCCAUGUGCAACCUUCUCUUCAACCAAAAGUCGCGGGGCUCGGUAACGCUCAAGUCGUCCAACCCAGCGGACAAUCCCGUGGUCGACCACAACUAUCUCGCGGACCCGCUGGACAUGCUGGUCAUGACGGAAGCGUGCCGUUUCGCAAACGAGAUGGUCAUGAACGGCUCCGGCACCAAGAGCGUAGUCAAGGGAAGCUGGCCAGCGCAUCUAACGCACCACACCAACACGACGAGGGAAGACUGGAUCCCCCACGUCAAACAGCAUGCCACGACAUGUAAGUCCGUCUAUCCUUACCACCACCACCACCACCACCACACUGUCCAUUCUCCUUGCUGGCUAACGCAGUGCCCCUCUAGGCUACCACCCCUCGAGCACCUGCGCCAUGGGUCCCUCCUCCAACCCCAACGCCGUGCUGGACAGCCGGCUGCGCGUGCGCGGCGUGCGCGGACUGAGAGUCGCCGACGUGAGCAGUAUCCCGCGCGUCAACAACGGACAUACGCAGAUGGUAGCGUAUGGCGUGGGCGAAGGUGCGGCGGAGAUGAUCAAAGAAGACGCGCUUGCAGGCCAGGCGGGUUUCUUGAAGCUGGCCGAGUAG